AUGUCGGAGGAAGGAACGGCGGAAAACCGGCCGACGUCGGCGUCGACGUCGUCGGAGCCGCCGUCGAGCACCACGCCUUUCUCGCUCUCCGGCGAACAGCAGCACGCCCCCUUCAGUGAGUCUUACUCAGCCUCCGUUUCCUGUUCGCCUUAAGUUCUUCUCCUUUUUUGGGUUCUUUCCCGUUUCAGUUGAAUCUCAAGAUGAUAAGCUCCUAAAUUUUCUUGAAUCAAAAACUUUCAACUUUUUUUUUCCGUCCAAAUUUGAAAAAAAAAAUCUAUAUGCUGGAUUCCCAUUAUCUCUAGUUAGUUCCCCUGACGCUAAAAGCAUGUCUUUUAUACAUAUCUGAACGGUGUUGAUUUAUAAGCCAGAGAGUCUAAAAUAUUAGAAGUUGGGCUAAUUUCAUUUUUUUAAUCUCAAAUGAUAACUUUAAGUUCAGUUAGGUUCUAAAUUUUGAUAAUUUGAUAGUUUUGACGAGUUUGAAGCGAUCCACAUAAAUUAACGGGGAUUUUUAUAUUUUUUUCAUAACUAAUGGUUUUUUUACGGUCAGACUCCAUGCCAAAAACAAAAAAACGUCCAUUUUUUUCAAAUUAUUUUUCUCCGAUUCUUUUUUUUCAAAAAGUCGGGUUUUCAAACAUUUAUCCCGAUUCAUUUUCUUCGAUUUUUGAUGUUUUCAAACAUUUUCUCCGAUUUCUUUUUACUUGGCAUAGUCGAUAUUUUUUUCAUGUAAACAAUUUCUUUUUUUAUCAAAUUUUACCUGUUAACACUAAAUAAAACUACUGAUGAACAGUUCGACGACAAAAGCUUUAAUUAUUUUAUGACUUUGAGACUUUUGCAGACAAAAGAGAUAGUUCGAUUAGAAAUAGUUCAAAAACAACGUUUUUCAGCGAUGCUGCCGCCAGGAGGAGCUCCUCACUUCUUCGCCAACCCAUUCAUGAACCCCUACAUGGCGCCUCAAGAAGCGAACUGGCAACAGAACGUCCUUCCGGCCGACGCCAACGCCGCCACCGUUCCCGGCUUCAUGCUCUCGCCGGCGCAGUACCAGGAGAUGAUCCAGCAGUACUUCCAGCAGAUGAUGGCCGCCAGCGGGGCUCAGUUCACGAUGCCCUUCCCCAUGCAGUUCAACUCUUCACCUGCUUUUCAGCAGCAACGGCCAGCAAGCCAGGUGCGUUUGCUGUUGAUUUAUUUCUGCCUAGGUGCCUUAAAAAAAAGAAAGAAAAAAUCGGUUUUUUUUUUUUGAAUACUCUGGAAUGUGUUUUUUUAACGGUAAAUAUAGCAAAACGGAUCAUUAUUUUUUUCAGUUUUUUUCGAUACGAUUUUUCGUUUAUUUAUUAACUUUUUUUCCAUUGCUGCUUGAUUUCAAAUUCAAAUAUCGUGGUAGAGCUUUUAAAAUUGAAUAUUUAUAGAAUUUUUUUAGUUAAACACUUGUUCUCGCUUUAUAAAGAAGCUCAGAAUAAAAAAAGAAAAAUCGGUGGAAACAUAUGCUUUCAGAUGGUUUUUUUCAGUAUUUAUGUCUUAUAAUUGAACUCAAACUCAGGGUUAUUAUCCAGACAAUUAAAAAGGAUUCUCUGCAUUACGGUAGUUGGGAGAGUCGAGUUUAGUGCAAGUUUCAAAAAAAAAAAUCCGGGCAAAACUAAUCGUAUCCAAUUUUUUAUGAAUACAUUUCCCAAUUUUCCUUCUUUUUUUUUGGAUUUUUUUUUCACGAUUUUUGUACUUUAUACUUGUGAACGAGCCACAAUCUGUAGUCUAAAAAUCCAAUUAAAGUAAGGAAAGUUUUUUGUGACGUUUCAAGCUAGAUUGAAAAGGACGAGGCCAAUAACCGGUGUCCAUGGCAGCACUCAACCGAAUUUCGUUUAAGUGUUCCCAAAAGUCGGAAGCGCUGAGCGACGGCCGUGUGACAUCUGCCAGCGUUUCGUCGGCGUCUCAGGAGCCCACUCAAGAGGUUCGUCUCGACCGCCAUAUGUGUCGGAGGACUAGUCACGCUAUUUCAUAACAUUUUCAUCGAAAUCAACUUUCAUCAUUUGGUUGGAAGUCAACCAAGUAACCUUAAUUCUCCGCCACAAGCUUUUCUGAAAAAGAACUGUCGAAAAAGGACAGUAGAUGAAAGAAGAAAAAAGAAAAAAUCAAAGAAAAAAAAAAGGUGAAUAGUAGUUUUUGGCAAAAAACGGUUUUUUUCAUCGUUUUAUCGACGCCACUCAUAGUAAAAGUCUCAGAUACUGAUGAAAAAAAUAUCUUUUUGCAAUUCUUAUCUUUGUUCAAAUUAGCUGGGGCAAAGUCGGAAUGGUGUAUAAUGGGAAAAAGGGAGAGGCUUAAAAAGGUCGCAGAAAGGCAGCAAAAAGAGUCCCUUUAUCGAUCCUUCUAUCUUUUCUGUGAUUUCAAAGGCUCAAAAAAUGGUGGGAAAAGGGAGAGGCAGCAAAAAUGGUGUAUAACAGCCGAUGAAAUGGCGCAAAAAGGCAGCAAAAAAGGAACCUUUGUCACCGUAAAAGAAACAUUUCUAUGGAGCCCUUUCCGAAUUUGUCUAUGAAUCGGUUAUGAACCGCCAAAUUGAAAGUAUUCUCCCGAAAUUUGACUUUCUGGUGAUCGUUUCUAUUUAUUCACGAUCUCCUUUUUGUUUAUGGAUUCUAAUCUCACUGUCACGAGUUCAAGUCGAAAUAAUUAAUUUCCUCAAGAAAAGUAGUCAUUAGACUUUUUAAUUGAAACGCCAGGUGCAUCAAAGGUUGCCUAACUACGUCAAACUUUCCCGAAAGUUUGUAGCCUAGAAUUUCUACUUCCUUUUCUUUUUAUUUUACUGCUUUCCUCAGAAAAUGAUGGGAAAAUGUAGAUAUGAGUCAGUACGUGAGGGAUUAUGACGCAAGAAUAAGUUUUUUUCAGCAGCGGCCGUUGAGCAAUGGAACGCGGACUUCAGAAGUCACGACGCCCUCAAUUUCUGCACAAGGUACAAUACGAGUGGAUUUUUUAGGCCAUGGGUUUCCGUGAUUUUAUCUGCUGGCCGCCUUUUAGAUGGAUUGCCAUCCAUAAAUUGGCCUAAGGCCUCGUAAUGGCUGAAAAAAAAUCUAUUAAAACAAGGGAUAGGUCUUCCUUUUCUCAUCAUCUUUUUUUGAAGACCUAUCGAUAUUCUUUGAUUUCAUUGAAUAAUAAAGUUAAGGAGGGUUCAAUGAACAUAAUGUUUCAUUUCUAAACAUGUAUGCGCUCCAUUGUACUUCUUGUCGUUUAAAAUUGAAAAGUCAGUGAUCAAUUUCCCUAAUGGAUGUUCCUCGGAGCCGUUAUCGAGUCUGAGGCUAACUAACUCGCGAGAAGAAAGCUCGCAUUCAUUACCGCCCCAAUGCGGAUAAUUAACUCGAUAGGAAGGGCAAUGACGGCGAGCCGCAAGAGGAACACGUAAACGCAUUUCGCGAGACGGACAUUUUUUUUUGUUGCAGUUGACAUAACAAUGUCGUUUGGAAUGCAUCCGUUGUCCUCUCACAUGCAUUCGCUUGCCUCAUGUCACCGCGUAGUGGAAUUCUCGAGUGGAACUAUCAGCUGAUCGAUUCCGCCCUCCCACAAACCCAAUCCGGAGCGAUUAAUAUUUGCAAAAGAACUUUGUUAUGGAAGUCCCAGAGGAGAAAAAUGAGCUCAACCGUCAACACAAUUUCCAGAAUAGGAAUUAGGGCAGUUAUUCUCAGCGAGUAUGGCCCGAGGGCCAGCAUGAAAAACAUAGGACAAAUAAUUAUAUUUCCACUCCCUUUGUCACUAUACGCGUCGUGGGAAGCCAUCGUUUUGAAGAAUCCCUCCGUGCGAGAAAGCGGAAAAUUAACUGCGAUUUCACUCUCGCGAUGUUCCCACACACACACGCACACAGACUCGAUGGACGCAGCCAGCCAGAAGAUGAAGAAGAAGAAGAAGAAGAAGCAACGUUUGGGGACGCAGAAUCGUUCAACGCACACACAAAAUGAGGCAGAGCCGCUUCCGCCGUAUUCAAAUUUGACAUGGAGCUCCGGAAACGAAGCGCCAGCCCCGCGCGGAGAAUGAGACUUAAUUAAUUUGAGCCGAGUUGGAGCUCGCAGGGGAAGUUCUACAAGACUUUUGAUGAGUUUUUCAUCAAACUUUCCUCGGACAGAACCCCUUGAAGGUAGUCUAUCGAAGUUAUCUCAUUUUUCGAGAUUUCGUGAGAGAUGUGAACCUUGAGACAUAGAAAAAAGAACUAGUUUAUGCGAAUUUUUUGAAGAUAAACAAAUUUUCUCUCACAGCGUCACUACGCCUUUGCGAUUUGAAGAAAACAUUGACAAUAUUUCAGCGAGCUGUCUGAAGCAGGGUGCUUCUUGUUUGUGAAUAAUAUCAUUCCGAUAAUAAUCAAUAACCAGCUUCUCGAUAAAUGAAUAAUUUCUGUGAGUACGGCCUUUAUUUGUCUAUUUUAGGAUGCUAUUUAGCAGCGUGUCCAGAAUAAAAGCAGUAUAAAAAACUCUUUAAACAUGAGGUCAAACUCUAAAAAGGUAAUGUUCAUAAUCUGAACCAUUGAAAGAAGCAGCAGAAAAUUAUUCAACUGAAGUCGCUGAAAAAGGGGAAAAAUCAAGAUAAAUCGGAUCAAAGUCGGAAAAAAUUGGAAUAAAUCAAUGUUAGAAAAUUACUCAGGAAUACAAAAAAAAAACUUUUUUUAUCAGAAAGUCAUGCUAUAAGAUGUUAUAAUUUAACCUUAACGUGAAUAGGAAACAAUGAAUCCUAUUUUUGUGUAGUUUAAGGCUUCCGUGACAAUUUUCUGAGUCAUAUAAAAAAAAUGGACUUUUGAGCUAGUUUCUCUGCGACUUGAACGCAAAUCGAACGAGAAAACCGGCGCGGGUGAUUAAUUACCGCGUGAGCUCUGCACGUUCGUUUUCUCCUUUUUUUUUGCCACUGAGACAGCCGGAAAUGAGCCGGCAAAUGUAUUCUGUUUUGUUGGAUCAGAGACCAAACAUUCGUUCCCACAAAUUCUCCGUUUGCAGAACAAACCGUGACUGAUGUUAAUCGCGAAGAAGCGCCCGAAGAGCAAACUGCGACGACGGCUAACUCGACUAAUGAAGUUGCUGACGUCCUGGUGUGUGUUUUCAAUCUAGAUAAUGGAAACUGAGAAGAUCACUCUCUUUGAAAAAUUGGCUCUCCAAAUGUUAGGCUAGUCAACGGGUGGCUCGUAAAUCUCUAGGAGCCGCCGACGCAUGAUAUCUCGGAGAUUUAUUGGGGAGAAACGUGCUAGUUGAAGAUAAUGGAGAUCAUUUGUUUGCAGACGACGACGGAAGCAGAAGAUGAAGUGGAGGGACAGGAAAAAGCCGCGUCGACGUCCUCCGGGGCUUCUUCGGAGGAGAAGCGAAAGAACUCUGGUAGUGGCUCUGACAGGACCGACAGCCUCAUUCGGAAGCAGAUGAACGAAAUUGAGAAGGAGAUCAAUCGCCGGUCCCAGAACAAGAACAUCAAGAAGGUCGGUUUCAGAGAUGGACUGCUUCAUUUUUUCUUCUUCUUUUUUUUUUCAAAAGGUGGUGAACGAUACUUCUGAUUUUUUCUUCAAGGAAAGCUUCUACGUAUACACAAUUUCUUCUCGCUCAUUCUUGUCAAUCUAACUAUGGAUCUUUUUUUGAGUUUUCUCACGCAGAUUGACGAUCGAGAACUGGCCGAACUGAUCGGUUCGGCGCAGCCUUCCUUCGUCGCCACAGCUCUCGACAGGAACUUUGCCCCGAACUUCCCGCCGAUGCCGUCAACGUCUUCUUCUCCUUCUUCACAAGAUCAGCCCAAGGUGAUUCUCGUCGACGUCGUGGUUGCUGUUGUUCGUGGCCUUGUUUCUGAGGAAUCGUCUGCCUUCGUCAAGAUGCUGUCUGUCCUGAACCGUCUUGUAUUUGUCAGAAUGAAUGGGUUGUUCUAUGUGCUCUCCUUUCAAGUUUUCAAUUUUGAUCAUGCUGAAUGGUAUCCUCUCGUUGCGUUGAAUCACAUUUUUCUUUUCCCUCUUUGCAUCCCAUGUUUUGAUAUGAUGUGAUUCUGUUGCAUCCAAAUAGCUCUCUCAGCUUUUUGCUUUUAGAGUGCUCUGCCCUACACGUCUCCGGCAAACGAUGGCAAGGCGCCAGUGGUGAAGGAGUCCCUGAACCAGUUGCGCUCCUCGUUCAACCUCGCCGAAGACAGAUCAGCCCCGCCGACACCUCCUCACGUCGCCGGCGUCCAAUCACAGCCGCAACAUCAGCAGCCAGUGCAAAUGUUUCCGACGACGUCGCCUUUUGUCGCGCAGAAUCCGUUUUCUAUGGGCAUGGCGGUACGAAUUACUCGUUGUUUUUGGAACGUUCAAAUCGGUACAAUAUCGAAAUUUAAUAAGAAGUUUCACGAAUUGAAAAAUCUUUGAUAAUAUGUUAUAGGCUUCAAAUGGAGUUUUUUUGGAACAUUUUAAGGAAAAAAAUAGCUGAAACUUUUUUUGGAAAAUACUUUGGCUGUUCAACCGGCGUUGUACAGAUUCUGCUAACUUCAAAAACUUUUAUAAAAAAAUAAAAUUUAAAAUCAAAAAGACAAGAAUUGAACUACGGCGACAGUACGGAAUUCUUUUCAUGUUGUAGGUCUUGUUUUUUUUUUCAAAAACGUUUUCUUGGUUGUUAAGAGUAAUACCUAACAGUGAGAACAUUUUCGCGCCAAAUAACACAAAAUCAGACGUUUCCUAAGGGUUUAACAGUACCCGUUAUUUCAAAGGCUCUGGCCCUGUUUGAACUGAAACCUUUCUAGAUGCCCGGUCAGAUUCCCUUUGGCGCCGCUCCGCCUUACGCCAUGAUGCAGCAGCAGCAGCCCUUCGGCAUAAUGCCAGGCACCAUCACCAGCACCUCUCAGUUCAUGCAGAACGGCGGAAAUCCGUCCUACGCGCCGUCCAUGCAUUUUCCGGCUCAAAUCAACCCCGGAUUCGUCCAAAAUGGAUCUCAAAACUUCACGCCGGAGGUUCGAAACCUUUUCAAUUCUCUUUCAAAAAAUCUUUUCUUCAGCAACUGGCGGCGGUUUUUGCACAGCAGCAACUGGCAUCGCAACAGUACCCAGCCGGUUUCUUGCCACAACCGGAAGCUCCAUCAGCGGCUCAUUCUCCGAAUAAUUCUUGCUCGAUCGCUCCACCGCCGCCUCCUUCUCAUCCGGUCGCCAGGAGGGUCGGUUCUUGUGUCAAUUUGUAGAUGAACUGGAUGGAAAUCGAAAUAGAUUCAAGGAAAGACCCAAGAAUGAGAAUUUGAAACGACAAAAUGACAAAUCACUUCAUUUGAUGCUCCAAUGUUUUUUAGCCAAAAAAACUUAAAAUGUCAGCCUGUAUUAUCUGUUCACGGAAACCUAAGAAGAGAAGGUUUUUUGGCCCCCGGUUGAACUUUUGAUGAAACUCGGUUGUAGUGCACUUUAGGCCCUCCUUAUCUAUGUAAAAGAAGAAUAAUUUCUCGCCUCAUUUUCGAGUAAUGAGCCUUCAAAUUUUGCAGAUCAUAUAAAUAGUGAAAAAGAGUUUUGAGAGGUGCGGAACUUCAAAACAAAAUCAAGAACGACUGCAAGAAUUUUUUUAAAAGGCCCUGAAGUAUAUUUCAGCCAAGUUUCAUCAAAAGCUCAACCGGGGGCCAAAAAACGUUGAAGCAUCAUAAAAAUACUUGUAGAAAAAAUUUGAAAAAGCGAAAAAUAACUUCUCUUUUACAGUGAGAAAAUGAUAUUUUGACAGGCUUCGUCAUCGUCAAACCCUUGGCCUGAAGAAAAUAAAGAGAAUGGAGUUCUGAACGGAACGAGCAACGGAACUGGAGAUGAGCCGGUUUGGGUGCUCCGAGACUCUUACCUCAAGCGGAUGCAACGAGAUCAGCGAGCGCAGGCCGACGUCCGUUUUUCCUCUCACCAAAUUCCUUAAAAAAAAUUAAUCUAAAGGAUAUAGUUUAGCCUUAAGUUCUUGGAAGUUUAUGAGACCUCCAAAAGUCUAAAUUUCGUGUAAAGGGAGGGUUGAGGCUACUUCAUGAGGUUUAUUCGGGAAUGAAAAAGAAAAAAAAACUCUUCGAUCUACAAAUAAAGGGCUGCUCUACCAGCCCCUAUAGGGGCCACCAAAGCUUGCAAAAGUGGUCCCUAUAGGGGUUUUAGUUCGUAGCCCUUAUAGGGGCAUUUUAGUCGAUAAAAAAAGUUAUGAAUUUUCAUGGAAAAAAAUUGAAUAAAUAAUUUUUCAAAAUGAAAUUGAAAGACCUUUAUAGGGUCCACUUGAGCUUUAGGGGCUAACACUAAAGCCCCUAUAGGGACCACUUUUUCGGCCACUAUAGGGACUGUUUUUCCCUCGAACCCCUAUAGAGACCACUCUGGAAUCCCUAAGAACUGUGCUUCCCGAGUCGAAGUUCGUUCUGACCGUUGAUAAUGUAGGAAAUGUCGUGGCACGAAGCGGCGACGGCUGCCCAAGAACAGGCGGACGCCGGCGGCGACGAGGACGAGCGCGAGGAGACCGACCGACUCCUCAUGGGUUCCGCCGGCACGAGCCAAGGAAACCGCCUCGGAAAAGACGCCGACCGACGUUCCUCCUUCUCCGGCGAGAAGAAGAAAAACAGCAAAGAGAGUCAGUUUUUCUCUUCGUUUUUUUUUUUCUGUCAUACAUGGGAUUUGGUCUGAAAUACUUGGAAUCCAAGUCUAUCUUAGUUUUUUUUUUUUAAUUUUUAUCUUCACUUUUUCUCGAGUUUUGGAAGAUUUUCGUAGUUCGCAAGCAUUCCAUAGAUUUUCAAAAUUUGUAUUUUUAACAUUUUCUUCAUAAUCAAAUUCUGAAAAGUUCAAUUUUUCCAUAAAGAUAAAUCCCAUGUAUGAUGGUUGUGCUAGAAUACAUUUUCAUAAAAAUCUAAAUAUAGUUCUUCUUUCAAAUUCUAAUCUCGACCUCCGUCCACAAAAACACACUUUUCUCAUUAUUUCACGCUUAUCCGUAGAUCUUUUAUUUUGUAGAAGUCAGCUCCACUGGAAAAUUUAGUUACAUGUGCAAUUGAGUUACGAGUUCACUGGCCAGUUAAUAUAUAGCUCGUUUUUUUUUUCAUAGUAAACAUAUUUUUUUUUCUCUGAAUUUCAUUCAUAAUUUUUUCACGCACCUCACUGCACCUGACGGUUCCCGCAUUAAAAAAUGUUAAUGAAAAUCGGUGAGUAGUAAUUUUUAAAAUUUUUUGGUUUUUCUCUUUCUCGUGGUCCCUAGAGCUUUUUGUCAUGGUACUUUUCGGCUUUUUCACGGCUUCUGUAGGAUGAAUUGGAUGGGCCCUUGGUUUCCUUCUCUUUAUUGGGAUGACCCACGUUUUGCGGAAAAUACAAUCGGAAUGACGCUUUGCUGCCUUUGUGAGGUUAAUUAUCAAGAAAAUAGAACGGAAUGGUGGUGAAAAUGGUGGUAAAUACGGAUUUUUUAAGUUUACUUCUGAAAAUGAACUGAUAUCGAAAAAAUCUUUUUCAAAAACCAUGUCACUCACAUCUUUUCAAGUUUCCUUUCUCACUAACAUGCUUGAUCCUGGCACCGACCGAUUGAUGGCCUAUUCUUCAGAAGGAGCUCCCCAUAAGAGUUUCAUUUUCUUCUUACAGCAAUGGUCCACGAACCUGCAGUUCUGAUCGAGGGCGUUCUGUUCCGAGCGAGAUAUCUCGGCUCAACACAGAUGCUCUGCGAGAGCAGAGGCAGCAAAGCCGCCCGGAUGUCCCAAGCGCAAGAAGCCGUCGCUCGCGUCAAAGUAAAACUCACGAUACCUGGAAUCUAUAAAAAGUAUCGUUCUUUCUCAGGCGCCUGAAGGGGAAAUUCAGCCAUCCACAGAGAUCGACCUCUUCAUUUCAACAGAGAAAAUUAUGGUUUUGAAUACAGACCUGCAGGUGAGAUUUCAGUUUAAUUUGCAAAUCAAAGGUGAAUGAAAAUGGUUCUUGCAAAGCUCGAAAAAAGGUAAACCUAAAUAAUUUUUGUCUCGCUUUUUGCUAAAAAAUUCAAAAAGAUAACGAUGUGUUUUCUUGACCAGUUCUUAGGCACUCUAGAGUGGUCCCUAUAGGGGCAAUCUUAUGGACCACUUUAUGAACCCCUAUAGUGGGUUUAGCUAGUGACCCUAUAGGGGACAUGCUAGUCGAUAUGUUAUGAAGAGGGUCCACUUGAGCUUUAGGGGCUGAGGGUCAAACGCUUUUUCUCUUCCGAAGAGUAGUCUUGCAGAGGAUAUCGGACACGGACGUCCGACAAGACAUUCUGAUGGACCACGCCUUGAGGACCAUCUCCUACAUCGCUGACAUCGGCGAUCUCGUCGUUCUGAUGGCCCGGCGGAUGUCUACCAGCAACAGCGAUGAAUCAUGCAAUCAGUACGUUUCUGUUUCUAAAAAGCCCCACAAUCGAAAAUUUCAUCCCUUCAAUAUGUUUUUGCUACAGAGGCGAAGGUGUUCGAAAAGCGCCCAAAGUGAUCUGCCACGUCUUCGAGUCGGAAGAGGCGUCUUUCAUCGCUCAGUCCAUUGGCCAGGCCUUCCAAGUGGCCUACGUCGAAUUCCUCCGAGCCAACGGCAUAGAUGAUCCGUCUUAUUUGAGGCAAAUCGACUAUCAGGUCUCGAAACCCUCCUUUUUUGUGAGGUUAUUCAUGGUUUUCAGGAAGUUUUGAACUCUCAAGAACUUCUCGGAGACGAGUUGGAGAUGUUCGCCAAGAAGGAGACCCAGAAGGAAGUUGUCGUGCCUAAGAAGACGGGCGAACCUCUGGGGAUCGUCGUGGUGGAGUCUGGAUGGGGUUCGAUGUUGCCGACGGUGGUCCUCGCCCACAUGAAUCCCGUCGGACCGGCGGCUCACUCAAACAAGCUCAACAUCGGCGACCAGAUCAUCAACAUCAACGGGAUCUCGCUCGUCGGACUCCCGCUGUCCGCCGCCCAGACCCAAAUCAAGAACAUGAAGUUGGAAGCACCUAAUCUUGAAAAUCAUCGAUUGAAAUGUUUCAGAACAGCGACAGCUGUACGUUUGACGGUUGUGUCGACGCCUCCCGUCGUCGAAGUUCGGAUACGGUGAGAGACGUCGCUUGACAGCGAUUUUGAAUUGAUUUGCUUUCCAGAAGACCAGACACUAAAUAUCAGCUUGGUUUUUCGGUUCAGAACGGUGUGAUUUGCUCUUUAUUGAGAGGUAUGUUCGUAUAUAUCAUCUCUUUUGAAAGUUAGAUCAAUUUCAGGUGGGAUCGCUGAACGAGGAGGAAUCCGCGUCGGCCAUCGGAUCAUCGAGAUCAACGGAACCUCGGUGGUCGCCGUGGCGCACGACAGGUGAGUCGGAGAUUCUUGAGUAAACUUCUCAGAAAGAUCGUACUGAAUUUAUCCCCAGCCAGGGCUCUAAACAACUUUUGCAUGAUAUUUCUGAAUACUCACCGCUACUCACCGAACGAACUUAGGAACUCCAGAGUGGUCCCUAUAGGGAUUAGGGGGGAAAAUGACACCUAUGGGGGGUCGAAAAAGUGGUCCCUUUAGGGGUAAAGAAAGCUGGCCCCUAUAGGGGUUUUUCCAUUUCAUUCAAAAAACGCUUUUUUAUUCAGUUAUCCCAAUGAAAUGCUUCUUCGCUCAGAGUUCAUAACAGUCGAUUAGCAGGCUCCUAUAGGGACCACUAACUGAAACCCCUAUAGGGAACAUCUUUGCAAGCUUUAGUGGCUUUUAUAGGGGUUGGGUGUCCCUCCAAGAGCCCCUACGUUGGCCUGAUAGGGACCACUCUAGGGUUUACCUUUCAAGAGGAAAUUAAUUUUUUUUUUUGUCAUAGUCGAGGAAUUUUCAGAAUCGUAAACAUGUUGGCGACGGCGAUCGGGGAGAUCCACAUGAAGACGAUGCCGACGUCAAUGUUCCGACUUCUGACGGGCCAAGAACAGCCCCAGUACAUCUGA